AUGACUUACAAUACACAGUUCAUUCGCAAUAAAACAGACUGUGGUAUCACUGAGGCAAUACUUUCCCAAAGUGUAGUAUAUUUUUACCUUAGUGUGUGCAAUGUGUAUAUUAAUAUAGUUGUUGUUAUUGUUACUAUUAUAAUUAUUAUCGGCAGCAUGUAAAUAAAGUUUGCACUCUCGCAAAUCGACCACGACAUAACAGCGAAAAGAUAGAGGCUCCCCCAAAACCAACCAACUAACCACAGAAGCAAAAAAAAUAGAAGCAGUGAAAAGUACUGAAAAAAAAAAGCACAACACAGCAACAUGAACAAUUUAGCAAAGUGAUGGCGAUUGAAACGCUUUAAAAACGUUUAGUCGCUUAACGCAUCGGUGGUGGUGGUAGUGUGUGUGGUCGUGUUUUUUUUUCUUUCAAUAAUGAAUUUGUUUUGUCGUUGUUGUUUUUUUUCUCGAUUUGUUUGUCGCUGUUGGUCCAAUCGCAAAAUUUAAUCAAUCAUGAACAACGUUUUUUAGUGUUAAUUUUUUAAUCAAAAUUACCAGAUAGCUUUUGAAAUGACGCGUGUUACGUGAUACUCUUAUCAAUUGAUGUGUGAUUCUGCAGUGAAUUUAUUUCGGAUAUAUAAAAUGUAUUUAUCGAAUUCGAUUUGAUUCAAUCGAAAUAUAAUUAAAGUUUGAUUGAAUUCAAGAGAGUUGUUGCAUUGAAUAAAAUAAAAUUAAAACGAAAAAGAUCGAAAAACACGCAACAACAGCAGCAACAACAACAAAAAACCAACCAAAAAAGGGACAGGAAAAGGGCAAGAAGCGUAAGAGAGAGAGAGAGAGAGAGAGAGAGAGAGAGAGCGAAAAAGGCAACAAAAAGAGCGAAUCCAAUCAAAGCAAACAUCCGAAAAAGCUGAUGAAACUUCCCUUUGAAGAGCGAGCACGAUUACAGCGUUUGAUGCUCCGUGUAGUCACGCGAAAUAAAUCAAAAUCAUCGUUAGAUGAAUUAAAUCGGAUGUGAAUAUUUUUUUUCUAUGGAAAAACGCUAUAUAUUAGUAAAUACGAAUACAAUCAACACGUGAUCAAACUAAUCCUGCCUAUUUGAGGAAGUGAUGAACUGCGAUUCGAGCUGAUUCGAUGACAGGGCAAUUCUUUCAUAUAAAAAGAACAUCGCAUUAAGUGCUAACAUAUAAGUUUUUGUUUCGCGCCGAAAAACCAAGCUCAACAUUUUUCCGACGAGAGAUCCUGUUUCUAUUGCGAGAAAGGAACACACAGACAGACAGAGAGAGAGAGAGAAAAAGAUAGAUAACGCGCGCGCGAAAUUAUUUUGGACGGUUGGCUUGAAAUACGUAUUGUGUGGUGGUGGUGGAAAAUGUCGGAUUUACAAGAGCGAUUGCGACUCGUAAUUCUCGGUGGUCCGGGCGUAGGCAAAUCGUGCAUCGUUAAGAGGUUCCUAUUUAAAAGCUACUCGGACAAAUACCGAGCAACCAUCGAAGAUUUAUACAAUCGUGAAUACGAUUUUGGCAACGUCACACUGAAGGUGGAUAUAUUGGAUACUUCUGGAGACCAGCAGUUUCCAGCAAUGAGACGCUUAUCAAUAGCAACGGCACAUGCAUUUAUGCUCGUGUAUGCAUCAACAUCGGCACCGAGCUUUUUAAGCGUCAAAAAGUGUUUCGAAGAGAUUAGAGAACAAAGAGCCGAUUAUCAGGAAAUACCGAUCGUUGUCGCCGGCAACAAAUUGGAUUUAGCAUCAACCCAUCGAGAAGUUCAGAUUGAAGAUGUUUCCGAGUGGGUUUUUUGUGAGCUACCAAAAUUAAGAGUCAAGGUGAUCGAAUGCUCUGCAAAGGAUGAUAAUAAUAUUUUGGAAUGUUUUCGUACGAUUGUAUCAUUGUCGCGAGUCUUGCACGUUGACGGCGGUGAUGAUGGCACUUCAGGAUUGAAAAGACGCUCGUCAGCCUAUGUUAGUGCAACAAGUAAAGCAAGAGCCCGUUUGAGUCAUUCGGCGGUGGGCGAUAAAUCGCAGGUACAAGAAGGAAGUGGCACUGGAACUGGAACUGGAUCUAGCGAUGGCGCUCCAAUAGUAACCGAGAGUAGAAUUAAACCAAGAUCAAGAUCAUUGAUACGACGUUCAUCUCGAAAGACCAAAGCCCAAAUUCGCAAUACAUCUGACGAUUGUCAAAUUCAGUGAACAACAGAGCAACAAUAAAUAAGUCUGAAGGAGGAAGCUUAUCAUUCAAAUUUAAAACAAACAAAAAAAAAAUAUAUAGACCAUAGACAAAACAAGAAAACAAACUAACUAACACACAAACGCAUCCAAUAUCAAAUGUAAUGAAGCAAAAAAAAAAGUGUCCAAUUUACCCUACAACAAGCUAACUAAGUCCUGAACAUGUUCCAUAUAAUAAUGAAUAUUGUGAUUUUACAUUAAAAACUCCGCCAGAGGGUUUCACCAAAAUAAAAAGAACAAAACAAAAGCAAAACAAAAACAAAACCAAAACCAAAAAAAAAUCUAAAAUUUAAAAAAACGUUACACAAUUUUUAUAGCCGCAUCGGGCUAAUUUUUUCGAGAACUGUUAUAUCAUAUGUAGUAUUUGAAAAUGAAAAACGUCCGUCAUAAUCAUAAAAUUUAUUGCAUACAAAUCGAUAGAGUACGAGUUUUAAGGAGGGAAUGAGACCGAGUGAAUUAGACAAGAAAACAAGUGAACCAUUUGUAGACAAGAUGAAAGAGUCUCUAAGUAUUAAUCCGAUCAUCGUUAUUCUAUUUGAAGAAAUAAAAAAAGACAUACAAAGCGAGUGCUCUGAAUGCGAUUAUUUCGCUCAAUUUGUUAAUUGAAAGGCGAGUAAACGAGCGGAUGAAUGAGUUAUAUCGUAUGCAUGCGCGUGUGUGCGUGUGUGCAUUGGCAAAGCAUUAGUGGUUUCUUAGAUGAUAUCAUGUGAUUGGUGUGUCAUUGAACGCAUGUGCUACGACAUCAAGCAAUGACUCUCCAGACACGGUACCACAUGUGUAUAAAAAAUAUGUAUUAAUGUGUGUAUGCGAGAGUGUUUAUGUGUAUGGGUCGGAAUCGUCUCAAACAGAGCGAAGAAUCAAAUUACCAGCGCGCUAUUUAUUAGAAUUAUUAGCAAUUUAUUGAUGGCAUUUAUAAUAAUCAUGCAAUUUGGUGGCCACCACACAUUCUAUAUUCUACACAAUGAAACCUCCUUUUUUGCACAUUCAUACAGUCUCUCACAAACCUACCUCCUUAGCAGUCUCCCCUUUUUCUUCCAUCACUCACAUACUUUUGUCUCGGAUUAAUUUCCAAUGAUGGUGGCCCGUAAUAAUCGAUAGAGCGUGAACGAUUUUCGUGAAAUGUGCAAUUAAUCGCAUUCAAGCACUCACAAUUUGUUAUUCAUUUUAUAGUUUUAAGAAUGAAGGCGAAGAUGAGAAAAAAAAAUUGAAAAAAGCAUGUACAAUAAAAAAACAAAAAAAAAUUUAAAGCCAUAGUUAUAUCGACAGCAACAACAAAAAUAUGAUUGGUAAUCAUAUUGAUAUUCAGCACCGCCGAAAAGUAUUUUCUCUCUCCGUGAUUGCAUAUUUUACCCCGUUUUAACACACUUGGGGUCCGUUUUGAAAUGCACAUAUCUAUCCACAUUUCAUACAUAUACACACAGCACAUCCUAAAAGCAGAACACCCAGACACACACACACAUACACAUUUUCGAAUACGAAGCGCAAAAAUAUUUUUCGUGCUGACCAUUAAUUAUUAUGCCAAAUGAGCGGAGAACUAUUCAAACAAUGUCCAAUUAUAAAGUAUGAACCAAGGGGCUGGCUACCGGACAACAGCAAUGGAUUCGUAAUUGAGAGAGUGUGGUAGAGUAUUUGACGUACAAUAAUUAGAAUCGGUAGAAAAAACGGCAGAGACAGGUCUUUUUUAUACAUAUAUAUUUAAAUUGUUCGAAGCUUUUUACCACUCCAAAUUGAAUGUGAAUGCAAUGAAAAUUUACUUUGAAUUGUUUUAACUAUCACAUUUCGCUUCUUUGUUGGUUUUGAGCGUUUCGUGGCUUGUUGUUGUUUUUUCCUUCACUUUCUUUCGGAAAUUCACCGUUAUUUUUAAACGCAAUUGCACCAAAAAAAAAAAAGAAAAGAUUAUUCUUUAGUCCACCCACUUUAAUUUGCUGUGUACCGCUCUGAUGUAGUCAUCCCCUUGCGAUAAGAACGAAUGAGAAUAUAUAUUUCUGCUUGCAACCGAAAAGUAUAUAUUAAUUUUGUCUACACUAAUUGAUGGAAUGAUUCGUUUCGGUAUUUUUGAAGUUAUGGCUACAAAAUCUAAGUUGUUUUAAUAGAUAUAGCGUAGCGUAAAAGAGAGGGUUUGUAAGAGAAAAGGAAAAAUGAAAAUUGAUAGCCAAAAACCCCUGUUUUUGCAUGUAUGCACACAGACACAAUUUCUCACAAAUUUUAUUGAAUCCACAAGAAUUGGCCAAAUGGAAAUAAAUUCAAAUUCGGUAAUUUUCAGAUGAAAUGCAAUGGAAAUCACAAUUUUAGCAAAUGAACUGAAUACGGCAGUGCAUCUAGUGGAAAUUCCAUUAUGCAUCAUGCACAUGUUUGGCUCUACCAUUUUGCUCUAUCUCUACUCUCAUUGAUUGAGCUUCAAAAUAUUCCAAUUUCGUCAUUGCAAGUCUUCGCAAAGAUGUACAGUGUACACGCAAUUCGUGUUUAUUCCUUUUUCCUCGAAUUCGAUCUCCAUUCGAUAUAUAGACCAGUCGAGUGUGAGAAAGAUGGAGAGAUAUAGAGAGAGGGAUAUGAACAGACAUAGAGAAUAAGCUCAUCAACUUCACCAUCUCUACGGUAUCAUAUUAAACGAAAAUGAAAUUCGCAACGAAACUCAGCCAUUUUACCAAUUGAUGAUGAUAUUGCUGGUGAAUGGACCAUAACUCACAUAAAACAGGCGUGUACGGUAGUAAUCAAUUGUUGAUUUUCGGUACUUGUUAGUUUAUUGUCAGCCAAGUGUUGAAGAUGCAAGCGUUGAAGAAUGGAGAAACUGUAGAGGCAGAAAAAAAGAACAAGAAGUACCUGAUCGAUUACCAAAGAGAGAGAGAGAGAGAGAGAGAGAGAGAGAGAGAGAGAGAGAGAGAGAGAGAGAGAGAAAAGAGAUAGAACGAGUAAGUUGUUAGAACGCAAACCGUCUGCAUUUUCCCAAAUUAUGUCCCAAUGAGAAUCGAGAGAUACAGACAAAGACGGCCAAUAAACGCAAAUAUCAGACUCAUUCGCAUGAUGCUCAAGCAAUGGAAUUUCAGAAAUUCUAGCGAAUUCAAUUGCCGCAGUUGUGAUUGCCAAUGCAUUUCACUCCCAAUGAAUUAAAGCCUAGUUUACAGUACAGUAAAGAAAAAAUCGUGCUAAUUUCAAAACGAAGCAAAGAUCAAAGAAAAAAUCAAAACAAGAAAAUCGUGCAUUUUUCACCGUGACGAAUUGUUCUUCCCUCGAACUGUAAUCUAGGCUUAGAAUAAACAGAAGAAGAAGAAGAAGAAGAAAAAGAAGAAGAAAAA